ACAACAUCCAAAAGGCAUCAACUAAUAAUCACGCUGACGUGUCUCUCGGUGCCAAGAGAUCAUGAUCAUUAAAUUGAGGCUGUGUCCAGCGUGGACUGGAUGAGCUGCUCUCGUAUUGCCACCUAGUAGAGUAAUGAUUGGCACCCAGAAGGUUAGAUGUGCCAUCUAAGAGAAGAGCCUCUCCGGCCCAAAAAGCUCUGCUUCUCGCUGUUUUGAUUGAGAAAAAAGCAAGUCGCUUUCUGGAGUUUUCGUUUCGUUCGCAGGGCAUCCUCAAAAGAUCUCGAGAAAAGUACCGAUUCAGUAUGACAGACGCAAGCGUGGGGGAGGAGCAAGCGCUCCAUAAUCUAUGCGUUUCUGCUUUCACGGCAGAGUACCAACACGACUAUCAGAAUGCUAGUUCGCUUCACCAGUCAUCCGUCGCGCAGCUUUCACAGGCCCUCCAGAAGGCCGGCAUGCUCGACCAUAACAAGAAGCGCGUGCUGCGACGGAAAAUCAAAAUCCACCAAGGUCGACUCCAAAACCUUAACCAGCAGCAAGCUCGCCCUUUCCUUUUGGUCGUCCCCCAGAGCAGGAAGGAUAUGGUCGAGGAGCAACUUCGUCGCGGUGUUGUGACGAUUGGUUUGGAGGAUAUGGUUCUCGGAAAGCACAAGCGCGAAUGCGCUCAGAACCCAAAGGCGACAAUUGAGCCGUUUUUUCAAUAUCUCCUACAACCGCAGGUGUCGUUUUAUACGCCAACAGUGGACUUCUCUGUCCCGACCCUGAAGUUCGACAUCACUGGAGACGCUGAGAAUACACCCUUCGUACCCUCUCACUGGUGCUCCACCAAGGUCAAGGUGUUUGGGAGUGACGAGAAUCUCUAUAUCUGCGAGGGCCUCAAGUACAAGAAGCGACAAAUGCCAGUCGUUUCGAUCUCCCGAGCCUCCGAUUAUCCCAGUCCCUUCGUCACAACUCGCGUUGGCCCGGCCUACUGGAAUCUGAGCGGCCGUAAUAUGCAGCACACAACGAGCUACGGCAGUGUAAUUCCGGAGAACUCAGACCGGAAUAAAGAAUGGGCCCCGCGGCGCUUCACAUUCGGUGGGCGUCGGUUCGUCUGGAAACCUUACCCUGAGGUAGGCCGUGACGCCGAAUAUCUCUGUGAGGUUCGCUCCGAGCGGCCAAAGCCGGGUAGUAAAACGGGCAAGAUUGAAGAUGAGGUGUUUGAUGCUAAAUUGGCGUGGACGUCCGACCACAGGUUCUUCAAAGCAACUCAGCUUGAGAUCGUGGGUGGACUGGAUCCGUUCUUCCGAGAGUUUAUAUUUGCCAGCCAGUGUACAAGGCUUCUUAUUACGAAAUACGGGCACUAAUUAGGCAUAAUGUUCCCC